CUGUACAUGAACAUGGAAACUGGUUCAGUAGGGUUAAACCACUACGCAAUAUGCAAACUCUUUUUCGGUGACCAGCGUGAUUAUCACUAGUUGUAUUAUCUGAGAUGUAUCUAUACCAGCUCAACAUGUGAUUCUUGGUGCUAUUUAGGAUGGAUGUAUUCAAUUCAAUGAUUCUCAGGAGUGUUUGUCUCGUCGUGGUGUUGUGGUCGUUCGGUACAUCAGCUCAGGACACAUGCCAUUGCUUGAACCCAACCCAGUGUGCCAACUUCCGGGAACAAGGAUGUUCCCCAUGUCAGUCUCCAUGGUGGGGGCCCUACUGUCAAGCACAAAACAUAGCUUACUCCCAAGUCACCCAACAGAAAAGCGUGUACGUUGAGUAUGAUGCACUGGGAAACAUCGUCAGUAUAGGUAACAGUAACCUCGCAGUAGAUGGCAGCAAGACUACGACUGACAUAAGGACCUGUGCUCGGACGUUACGAUAUACUACAGGAACAUAUUUCACCUUGCGUCUACCUUCGUCACCACGGAUCGCUGGCAUUCGGGUAUAUUUCCCUAUUAUAGGAGAUUCCCUAGAAGGUCUUCAGAUCCUUGUGGAUGGCGAUCUGUGUUACGAGUCUACCACAGCGACAUUGCCAGUUGACAUACCGUGUUCGACAACAUUGAUAGGGAGUAACAUUACUCUGUACCUACCUCGUGAAAGAUAUCUGUCGGUGUGUGAGAUUGAGGUCAACGUAUGUGGCGAUGGCUGGUAUGGUGCCCAGUGCGAGAAACGAUGCACAUGCAAGGAGACUGACCCUAUCUGCAACCCCAUCAAUGGUGCUUGUCCUUCCGGUUGUCCAGAUGGCUAUGGCGACGUGGACUGCAAAGUAUGUGCCGACGGUCGUUACGGCACCAACUGCUCCGCUGUGUGCGGCAACUGCUUGAACGGGGUGAUUUGCGAUAAGACGACGGGAGUGUGUCCAAACGGCUGUACUGUGGGGUUCUUCACAUCAAAGUGCAAUACACAAUGUAGCGAUGGAAGAUUCGGUCCUCAGUGCGCGUCUGUGUGUGGGUCGUGUCAGAACAAACAGCCUUGUGACAAGCAGACAGGGGCAUGUCCGGCUGGAUGUGCUCCCGGCUAUUCUGGGAUUAUGUGUUCAACACCUUGCAAUGCCGGGACGUAUGGCACCAGCUGCCAGUUUGCUUGUGGACGAUGUCGUAAUGGUGAUGUAUGUGACACAGUGUCGGGGAUGUGCUUCAAGGGAUGUGAUGCUGGGUGGACGGGCGUUACGUGCAAUACAGAAUGUGGAUUAGGGACGUUUGGUCAAGACUGUGUCCAGACGUGCGGACACUGUAAAGUGAACACUGUGUGUAGCACUGUCAACGGAUUCUGUCCUGAAGGAUGCAGUCCGGGUUUUGCAGGGGCGAUCUGUCAAACAGAAUGUCCGUCCUUCACCUAUGGGUCCAGCUGUAGUAACAGAUGUGGACAAUGUAAAGACUCAACGCCUUGCGAUAAGAUCACUGGCUUGUGUCCUGGCGACUGCCAACCAGGGUACAAACGGCCUUACUGUCGAUCAGCAUGUGAUGAUGGGACAUACGGUGCCAACUGUGAAUCUUCCUGUGGAUCGUGUCGAAACAAGGCACCGUGUGAUAAAGUGACCGGAAGUUGUCCUAGCGGUUGUGACCCUGGGAAAACUGGUAACCUCUGCGUGGAAGAUUGUGCGGAAGGUACCUACGGCUCUGGCUGUUCAUUCAACUGUGGCCGAUGUCGACCAGGGGUGGUGUGUGACCGGGUGGAUGGCUCUUGUCCGUCCGGGUGUCAGGACGGAUACAACGGAACGCUAUGCCUGCAAACUUGUCCAAGGGGCACCUAUGGCUUUAGCUGUUUCAAGAGAUGCGGUCAGUGUCUUGACCUAGAGUCAUGUGACUUCGCUACUGGAGUAUGUCCAUCAACCGGCUGUCGUCCCGGUUGGAGAGGGGCACUCUGCAAUGAAGUGUGUACAGACAGGACUUACGGCAGCAAUUGUAACCAACAGUGCGGCAACUGUACGGACGACGACCUGUGCGACAAGGAAAAUGGACGGUGUCCCAACGGUUGCAAGCCAGGAUACAAAUGGGAACAAUGCCAAACCAAAUGUGACCCCGGAAGAUAUGGACAAGGUUGUAGUUUUGAAUGUGGGAAGUGCAAAGAUGGCGCACCGUGCAAUCACGUGGACGGAUCUUGCCCAGACGGAUGCGUAAUUGGAUGGACUGGUGUGAACUGUGACAAAGAGUGUCCGAACGGUUACUAUGGUGACGCAUGCGUGAAAUCAUGCGGCCGAUGCAAGGACAAUGUCCCUUGUAACAAAGUCACUGGACUGUGUUCCGCUUGCGCCCCUGGCUGGAUUACGGAGUACUGUAAUACCAACUGCCCCAACGGCACCUUUGGUGCGGAAUGUAAUUCUCCUUGCGGUGCAUGUAAGGAUGCCGCUUACUGUCAACACGUGACGGGUGAUUGCCCGGAUGUAUGCGAACCCGGGUGGCAAGGCCUCAACUGUCUGACGGAAUGUGAGAACGGCACCUAUGGCGAGCGGUGUCAGGAAACAUGUGGUCAGUGCAAGGCGGGGACAACGUGUAACAAGGUGACGGGGGACUGUGAGGGUGGAUGUGGACCUGGCUUUAAAGGGACCCAAUGCAGGGAAACGUGUGACGCCGGGACGUUUGGUGACGCGUGUUCAUUGACGUGUGGUCACUGUGACACAGCCAGCUGUAAGUCGGUCACUGGCGCUUGUCCCUCUUGUCUGGCUGGAUGGAAAGGCGAUACUUGUACUGAGGAAUGCGAAGACGGCAAGCAUGGUCCUAAUUGCGCAAAUACAUGUGGUACGUGUCAGGAUGGUGUCCCCUGCAACAGGACAUCUGGAGUAUGUCCAACUGGCUGCAUGCCGGGCUUUACAGGACAAGACUGUACUCUAAGGUGUCCGGAUGGUAGUUAUGGAGACGGGUGUGCGACUGAGUGUGGACGUUGUCAGGACAGCGUCGCGUGUGACUACAUCACGGGGGUGUGCCCAGAGGGAUGUCAGCCAUCUUGGAUUGGAGACAAAUGUGAUAAAGAAUGCGACAUUGGUUACUAUGGAGACGACUGUAACAACACGUGCGGCCGUUGUGCGGGAGAAGGGGGAUGUGACAAGGUAUCAGGGGCGUGUCCGUUCAAGUGUCAGAAGGGUUUUACAGGUCUACUCUGCGUGGAACCCAUCGAUAUUAAAACACAGGAGGGAAAUAUGUCAAUGAUCCUUGCUGUCGUCUUCACUUUGGUGAUAGCGUUGGCGGUAAUACUCUGUGUCGUCGUUGUGUGUUGCUACAGAAGAAGGAGGGAGAGAAUAAAUAGAAACUCAAGCGAUAGGAUCCUGGAUCCGCUCGACGAUGGAGAUCCUUUCUCAAGAGCUGCUAAUGGCAAGGUUCCUAUAGCCUUUCAAAACCAGAUCUACAACACAGCUGGACGCGGUAGCGUGUUAUCUGUGCAGUCUGAAAACACUAAGCACCGCAGUGACCUCUUGUCCCAACUGGACCCAGUCCCGGACACCGAGUCCUCAUCUCUCGGCUUCAGCACCACGUCAAACACCACGGGGACGUCAGCCUUGACCCCGUCUAGGGUUCAGGCGAUCACCACAGAUGAAGACGGUUUUGACAUUGAAUCUGUCAAUUCAGAGUUCAAUUGGCCGAGCGAGGACAACACUUCAACGGCUUUCUCUGUGUAUGAGAUUAACGAACACAUUGAACUGAAAAUGGCGGCUGGAGGAUUUGAAAACGAAUUUUCGCUUCUUCCAAAUGGGUUAAGGAAGUCCCAUGCUAUUGGUCUACUUCCUGAAAACCAAUCCAAAAACAGAUAUCCAAGAGUGUUACCAUACGAUGACUGCAGAGUGGUUUUAUCACAAAGUGAUGGUACAGACGGGUCAAGCUAUAUCAACGCCAGUCACAUAGACGGAUACACAAUCAUGGAAGAGUAUAUAGCUACGCAAGGUCCAACAGCAGAAACUGUAAACGACUUUUGGAGAAUGUUGUGGGAGAGGAAUGUCUGCAAAGUGGUCAUGUUGGGUAGAACCAAAGAGAAUGGCAAGGUGAAGUGUCAGAAGUACUGGCCUGACAUCAAAGAUGGGAAGACGUACGGAAACCUCUCUGUGACGUGUAUCAAGAUGGUGAGCCGAGCUCAUUACACCGUCAGGGAGUUCUACGUCUACGACCACCAGGCUGCAGAGAAACGCGUGGUGACACAGUUCCAGUUCGCGUCCUGGCUAGCAGAUGACUUUCCAUCAACUCCUGCUCUCGUCGGCUUUAUCAAACACGUCAACAAGCUGGCCAGUCCUACCUGUCCAGUGGUGGUACAUUGCAGUUCUGGUGUCGGACGAACAGGAACCUUCAUUGCUAUAAACGCCAUGGUGGAACAAGCACGGGCGGAACCGGAAGUGGACGUCUUCAAGUUUGUGUGCAGAAUGAGGCUACACAGACCGGAAAUGGUCCGAACCAGGGUGCAGUAUGCCGGUGUCCACCUGGCCCUACAGGAGAUGUUGGCCAGCAAGGACACUCUCCUCAGCAGCGCGGAGCUCAUGGAGAAGUACCGGACACAGUCCUUCCGAUCUCUGUCAGCCAGUAGUCGCCCACGGGUCGAGUACCAGGUUCUAGAAAGUAUGCGACCUACGCUGAGUGAAGAAGACACUCAGUUUGCCCGGAGACAAGAAAAUGUUGAGAAAAACAGAUCAAUGAAUAUCCUGCCAGGCGUCCUACAUCGUGUACUUUUGAAAGGGACGACAAGAAACCCAAACCCGUACAUCAACGCUGUGUACCUACCGUCAGUGCUACACCGUCGGGGCUUCAUCGUGACCCAGCAGCCUCUGUUCCACAGUGUAGAACAGUUCUGGACCUUGGUUCAGGAGCAGGAGUCGGUGACCAUUGUAUCUCUCACUCCCCCUGAUCUCAACCCCGUCGACUUGAAGGACUAUGGCGAAUAUAUGCCUCUGAGGGAAGGUGAGGCAUUGUCGGUUGGAAAGUUUGAUGUUCUGUUGAAGUCUACCGUCAACACGAGGGAGGAAAUCCCAGAGAAAACUCUCAUCUUGCGAACUAAGGGCGAGGAUGACUUUACCCCAAGCCGUCACGUCAAGGUCUUCAGUGUACCCGACUGGUCAGCGAAUGAGGAUAUUCCCUCCAAUAAGUUGGUUCUUCUGUUGCUCCUGGAGAUGCUGGUCAAGCGGCAGAAGGACGCUGGACUGCACCCAAUUAUCGUCCACUGCUUGGAUGGUGCUAGCCGAAGUGGUUUAUUCUGUGCCGUGUCCAACAUCAUCAGCCGGUUAAAGAUGGACAAGGAGGUGGACAUCUUCCUGAUUGUCCGCGAGUUGCAGUGUAUAAGGCCGGCCAUCAUUACUUCCUCUAGCCAGUACACUUUCUGCUUCGAAGUUGCAAGGAAUUAUCUGAAAAAUCCUGAACCCCUGGCAUAACAUGAGCAUCACUGCUGGGUCUCACCGGCUUUCUCAGUGGAGGAAUCAGUGGGGUGGGGAUAUACACACUCGUGCAAUCUCACCCGCCCAAACCAGAUGAACAAGGUUCACCGACACAGAGUGAAAUGGACACAUUGAAUUGCACUUUAUUUAUUAGUCAUAGUAGAAGUAUAUUGUGUAAUAUGAAUUUCAUCAGCAUUGCAGAAGUUUUAAUAUCAUUGUUGUUUUCAGGAGAAUACCGGCGUGUGCCAAUUGGAUGCUUGUGGAGUGAGGGUUAAGACAGUAUAUUGAAAGAUGAAAAAUAAUGCUGAAAUAUUUGACUUAAGUAUUUAAUGUAAUUUAUUUGAUUUCAUAUUUUAAAUUGUCAUAUUAAGUUUACGUUUAACACAAUAUAACAUAGGUUAUGUGUGCCAAACAAGUUAUGUAAGUGUAAGAACAUAUUCAGCAUUAGAUAAUAACAAAACGAACUUGAACCUGACAAUGUGAAACUACACAGAGACAUCCUAUAUCAGUGUUGUCUGGGGGGGACGAGUUCUUGAUGCUUGAAUUGUCGCUUGACUAUAAUAUAGUUCUCAGUUUGUGCUAGCCAACUUGGUUGAAGUUAGCCGCAUACACAUCAUAUAUGAUGAUCUUUUAAUUACACAUGUAUACUGGACUACGUUGCAAAGGUCACGCAGGUGGUCGAGAAAAGGAAAUAAUAUGUGUAUAAAUAUGAAGGAAUAAGCAUGUGACAAACAUGUGUAUUUAAACCACAUUCUCCCAGUCACAUAUCUCAGAAUAUGUAUUUCCCAUCUCUGUACAAGAAAAGUGUGCCAUACUUUAAGGAGAGAAGUUUUAUAUUGUAUGCAAUGUUUCAUGACUUUAAUUCAUCACAGUAUCUGAUUGACUGUAUACGUAGCUUGGAAAUUUGGAGAUGUUAAAGCACUGCUAAAUUUUCUGGUGACAUUAUUUGGGGUCAAGUAUUACAAUUAUGUCGCGAUUUUGUACUCAAACCGUUAUACCCUUUACACAGAAGUGAUCCAGAUUUACAUGAUCUCAAAAGCUUUGGGUUUAGGGCAUUGUGUGAUACGUUAAGUGACGUUUAUACCUUUUGUACUUCAUAGCCCAGUGUGCUAUUCUUUGAACUGACGUAUUUGGCUAUGGUUGAAGACACAUUAAGAACUUGA